GAAGCCAACCUCCUCGCCCUACCUUACGAGAUUCGUGAGCAGAUCUUCCAGCACUACUUCAAGCUCGACCGCGGCUACUUCUACGAUGGAGAGUCUGAGAAGCUUGUCACGGCUGAUGGCCAACCCAUCGACCUCUCAGGCGGUGUGAUUGACGCGUAUCAGAGCAUUCUGACCUACACCUGGGAUGAUAAUUUUCAAUGGAAAUGGGGGACAAGUUAUUCUUCAACCUUGGGCGCAAUUGCCUACACUUUACGCCUCCUCGCGGAAACGUACCCUGCCGAGUUCACCGAACGGGUCGAUCAAUUACUUCCAGGCUGGACUGAUUCACAUUCACCCGAUGAGUUCUUCGACCUUACGUUCGACCCAUGGGCGAUUCCUUCUCUAUCCGAGCUCGAUGAAGCUACCGGAAACCGCUAUCGGGAAAAGCUCUACUUUUCGGCGGCGGCUGUCGCCAUACGAUUCCUUGGCCAGUUGCCAGAGCCUCGACGCCUCCAAAUACGAAACAUCAUAAUCAACGAGGAUCGACUUGCCGUUGGACGCUCUGAGGGUCACAUUCUUGGGUUGAUACCAUUUUGCAGAGAAAACCCCAAACUUCGAGUUGAGCAGCGCGUUAAUCUCUGGCGAAAUCUCCUACUAAGAGUGCACAUACCUCGCCCAAGUGUCGCUGUUCAACUGGCUGAACUAGGGUAUUCUAACGAUCGCGACCAUAAACUCUACAAGUCCGCGACUAGUUCCGCUUUGGCUUCCUGGGGAUUUCAUGUCAUGGAGGUCAUGGGCAAGGGCAUGCCUGCUGGGACCUUUUCCUUUUUUUUAGACGGAGAUCCUGACCUGAAUUUCUCGUCCGAAAUAUUCGACACGCAGGUUCAUCCAAAUGUUGCCUGGCUGAAGGCAUACGCCGAAUGCUCUUCUCAGGGCUCCUUCCCACAGCCAUACCGAGAUAUUUUUUAUUUCUCGACGGCGGCCUAUCUGAAAGGCAUAGAACCCUUGCUUGGUGGAUCCUCCUUUCUCAAGACCAACUUCAAUGUUGGUCAACCCUGGGAUUAUAGGAAACUGGCUGAG